AUGUUGAGUUGGCGCAUUUGUCUCUGCUUACUGAUCGUCUCCGCGGAAGCGAAAAAGGGAUUCGGACCGAUCGACCAAGAAUGGGCCUACGUGCAAGUUCGUCCCAAGGCUCACAUGUUCUGGUGGCUCUACCAAAGUAGCCCCGACAAGCCACUGGUCAUUUGGAUCCAAGGCGGGCCCGGCGUUUCCGGCACCGGUUUCGGCAAUUUCGAGGAGAUCGGCCCGUUGGAUGCGCAGCUGCGCCCGAGAAAUCACUCCUGGGUCAAAGAUUACAAUGUGCUUUUCAUCGACAAUCCCGUGGGCACUGGUUUCAGCUACGUCGAGGAUCUCUCGCUUCUCGCCACCAACAAUCGACAGAUCGCCAAAGAUCUUUUCACCUGCGUACGUUCGUUCUUUCAGACAUUUACAAAGUUCGGCGAAACUCCAACUUAUAUACUGGCCGAGUCGUACGGAGGCAAAAUGACCGUUGAGUUUGCAAACUUGUGGUAUCGGGAUCAAGUCAAAGGAAAUAUCAAGAGUAAUUUGAAAGGCAUCGGCUUGGUCGAUUCACUGAUUUCACCCGUAGACAUGCACAAGUCCUUGGCCCCGUAUUUGUUCAAUUUUGGAAUGAUCGACAGGGAUGGCUACGAGGCCAUCGAUAAUGCUGCCGAUCGAUUCGCUGAUGCAAUUCAACAGGCUCAGUGGUUGAACGCAACCAACAUAUCGAUCGAGAUCGAAUACUUGAUGCAAAAGUAUACCUACUCGGUCGAUCGGUUGUACAUUUUGAAGAAAGUACAACCCAACUACUAUCCACAACUGAGAAGUUUUUCAAAUCUCUCGAGAGGAUUGUAUAGCAAUGAUUUAAAAAGAACCAUGCAGAAAGUUCAAAGUACUUUAGGAUUAAAAUCAGUUUGGGGUAACCAGGAACCUUACGUUUUUAAUGCUCUUUAUCGUGAUUGUCGUAAACCAGUGGUUCGACACGUGGAAAAAUUACUCAAUGAAACUGAUCUGAAGGUGUACAUAUUUAAUGGACAAUUAGAUCUCAUUAUAAAUACUCCUGGUACUUUAAGUUGGAUCGAAAAACUUGAUUGGAAAAAUAGCAAAAACUGGUUAAAUGCUCCUAGAUAUCCUUUAGUAAUUGACAACGUUAUCGAGGGUUACUCUAAGGCAUAUGGAAAUUUGAAGUUUUUCUGGGUCGUUAGAUCUGGUCAUAUGAUUCCUGCCGACAAUCCAGUUGCAAUGAACAAGAUCUUAAGAGAUUUAAUACAUGACGAAUCAUAAGUUUUUUUUAUGUUCCGGUGUUGAAUUGGAACUGGGCAAAUUUUCCAACGAAUAAAAAAUUUACAUCUACGCUUA